CGAAAAAAGAAAAAAGAAAAAUCUCAAAAAGAAGCCAUUAAAGUCGCGAAGGAAAAAUGGCAUUUCCAACGUAUUUUUGUUCAAUCCCAAUCUUGCCCUCUCGAAACUCCGUUUUGUCGUUCGUCUCCUUCUCCUCCUCCUUAUCCUCUCCUCUCCCUCUGAUCUCGCGGAUCCGCCGCCGGCGACCUCUCACCGCCCGCAUUUCGGCCGCCUACAGAAAAGCCCGUCGCAAGCGCUCUCGGAACGAUAUGUCCGUCGCCGUUCCGAUGUCGGCGACGCCGCCGGAGAUGGACGACGACGUCGUUUUCGACUCCAGAACCGACAUGGAAGCAGAAAUGUCAUUGACUAGCAAAACCGCUCCGCCCAAGCACAAGUAUCGUAGAAGUGCCGUAAAAUGCUUUGGAGUCGAUUUGACCCCGGAUAAUAUCGCUGUAGCAAUGGUGUAUUUCGUCCAAGGUGUUUUAGGCCUCUCGAGGCUUGCUGUUAGUUUUUACUUGAAAGAUGAUUUGCACUUGGAUCCUGCAGAGACAGCUGUGAUAACUGGCUUUUCUGCACUACCAUGGCUCGUUAAGCCAGUAUAUGGAUUUAUUAGUGAUUCUGUCCCACUAUUUGGCUAUCGAAGAAGGUCAUACUUGAUUUUAUCAGGCCUUCUUGGUGCACUUUCAUGGAGUUUGAUGGCAAGUCUUGUUGACGGCAAAUAUAGUGCUGCUUUCUGCAUACUUCUUGGGUCUCUUUCUGUUGCAUUCUCUGAUGUUGUUGUUGAUUCUAUGGUUGUAGAGAGGGCUCGUGGUGAGUCACAAAGCGUGUCAGGAUCUCUUCAAUCAUUAUGUUGGGGAUCGUCAGCUUUUGGUGGAAUUGUGAGUUCGUAUUUUAGUGGCUCCCUGGUAGAUGCUUAUGGUGUAAGGUUUGUUUUUGGUGUCACGGCGUUGCUACCGUUGCUUACAUCUGCAGUUGCCGUGCUUGUAACUGAACAACGUGUGCUAGGUCCAGCAAGGGGGCAAAUCCCUAACUUGGUCGGUCCAACCUUUCUAGAAAGUUCAAAACAGAACAUUAUUCAAUUGUGGGAUGCUGUCAGACAGCCCACCGUAUUACUUCCCACAAUAUUUCUUUUCCUCUGGCAGGCAACACCUCAGUCAGACUCUGCCAUGUUCUACUUCACCACAAACAAGCUUGCUUUCACCCCGGAAUUUCUAGGUCGUGUCAAGCUCGUUACUUCAGUGGCAUCACUACUUGGUGUUGGACUCUAUAAUGGUUUUUUGAAAAAUGUUCCGUUGAAGAAGAUUUUUCUUGCAACGACAAUCAUUGGUUCAGCUCUGGGAAUGACUCAGGUUUUCCUUGUAACUGGAUUAAACAGAAGAUUAGGCAUAAGUGAUGAGUGGUUUGCAAUUGGGGAUUCUUUGAUUCUUACAGUUCUUGGUCAGGCUUCUUUCAUGCCGGUUCUCGUAUUAGCAGCGAAAUUAUGUCCGGAAGGGAUGGAAGCAACACUCUUUGCAACUCUCAUGUCCAUAUCCAACGGAGGGAGUGUUCUUGGGGGGUUGAUAGGUGCUGGUCUGACCCAGCUCUUUGGUGUCACCAAAGACACAUUUGAUAACUUAGCCUUUUUGAUAAUCCUGUGUAACCUCACCUCACUUUUGCCUUUACCACUUCUCGGCCUUCUCCCGGAUGAUGGUCCUGAUUCCAAUUUGGAGGAAAAUGCCGACAUUGAGAUGAAGUCAAAUUGAUUUCCUCGUGUGACCUUUUCCUCAUCAUGAUAAUUUAAGACGCAUGGCAUCCAUCGUUUUUAUGAUUUGCCUUUGAGGCUGUAGCUGGUAGAGACAGAGAGAGCCCUGUAAAUAUUACAACACGGCAGGCAAAAUAACUUCUCUUAUUUUCUCCUCCUCAUUGUUGUAGCAUAAUCUGUUGUUGAAUUGUGAAAUUUGUUCAUUUUAUGCCAAAUCAGUGAUUCAGUGCAACACCUGAUGGUGAACUAAUUAUCAGUUUCGAUUUUCUACUGAAAGAAAGUGAGAUUACACAAUGCCAAAAAAAAAAAAAAAAUGCAAAAAAAAUGGAGAAAAAGGAGGUGCCAGGGUAGAAAAAUGGAAUAACUAAAUAAGAAUGAUUUAUAUAGACUU